GCCAGAUAAGAGCUCCAAACAUCACCGCGGCAUGCUGGUGGGAAAUCAGUAUGGUGCAGCAUUAAAGUUUGUGGUUGCAUAUGUGCUCAGCGUCACCGUGUUCCUGCUCCACGGGUUGCAUUUCACCCAGUGUCUCCGUGUCCCCAGCCUAUCACCUCAUUUUCACACUUGGCUCCUGGCUCGUCCCUCGCCAGCCAGGCUGGCAGCCGCAUGUGUCUACCAAACACUCGUUCGAGGUACUGGCUGCAGGCUGUCACUGGGCGAUGGCCAGAGACUGUGCGACCACAGCAUUGUUCGAGCUCACUGGAGGGUUGUUCAUCCCAGCCCUUUGUUUUUCUCGUUUUUUGUCACUGAUGCGAACCGGAAGCGGCGAGCCCCAAGGCUGAACAUGCCUUUGCACAAUCCCCCGCCUGCCCGCCAACCUGCUCUUACCAAC